AUGAUUAGUGAUUCAUUAUGGUCAAUCAUAUCCAAUAUAAAUGGUAGUAUAUCCUUCUGUGCAUCUUUUAUAUCAUUAUUCCCACAAAUCAUAGAAACAUACCAUGACAAGACAGUGGCUGGCCUGUCGCCAUAUUUCUUACUGUGUUGGUUACUAGGGGAUAUCACAUCAUUAAUUGGUGCAUUAUUGACAAACCAGUUGAUGUUUCAGAUCCUAUUGGCUGUAUAUUUCUUAUUGAAUGAUUUAUUUGUAUGUGGACAGUACUAUUAUUAUGGUAUAAUACACAAGAAUAAAUUAGCCACUAUGGGUCAUGAAGCUGUUCCUGUAUUAAGUCAAGUCAGUAAUAGUGGUAUAAGUAAUAAGAACAACAAUAAAAAUAAUAACAGUAACGAUCAUAAUAGUCAAUUGAUGCCACAAGAAAACGCUAUUGAUACCAGAGAGACUACCACUAACAAUAACACAAUAGGAAACGCGCAAUUCUUAACUGGAUUAAUAACUGUUGCAUCGAACACAGUGACUAUGGCAGCUGCGAUGAGAUUUAAAGGUACCAAUGCAAUAUCACCAUCAUCAUCGUCAUUAUUACUAUUAUCCCAAUUAAAUCCGAUGAGUGGUGAUAGUAACAACAACAACAACAAUCAUAAUAGUAAUAACAAUUAUAAUAGCAAUAAUAAUAGCAAGCAUAUUAUACAUAAAAUAAUAUACAACGAUCCGACAAGUAUAGGACUAAUAUUAUCCUGGAUAGGAGCCAGUUUCUAUGUAGGAGCACGUAUCCCACAGUUAAUCAAGAAUUAUCAACGUAAGUCAACAGAUGGGCUUUCGCCAUUCCUUUUCGCUACUACGUUGUUGGGCAAUGUGACAUAUGAUAUUAGUAUCUUGACUAGUUUGAGUUUCAUUCACUGUGAUGAUAAGAUUGAAUUCCUUAAAAGAGCGGCACCGUUUAUAUUCGGGAGUGCUGGUACAAUUAUAUUUGAUUUGAUAUACUUUUAUCAAUAUUAUAUUUUGUAUGCAGAGGACGUGAAAUUAAGAACAUUGGAAAGAGAACUAUUGUCACCAAGAGUCAGUGAAGAGACGCCAUUAUUAUCCUAA